UACGCCGCUCAAGCAGGCUAGCCGCUGACAGUAACAGUCGCACAGAGAGAGAGAGAGAGAGAGAGAGAGAGAGAGCGAGUGAACGGAGAGAGCAGCACAGAUCCAUCCUCUGUAGCACGCCUACACAGUGUCAGUAAUAAAGACACAGUGCUUUAGGUCGGGGGCUAAAGACAGGUCUGUAAGCGUAAUCCUGGGAGAGGUGGUAAAGGCGGCGUCGUGAAAAAGAAGACAGGUUGACUGGAAAAGAAGGCAACAAAAAAAGCCAGAGGAAAGAAGAGAGGAAGAGCAGAAGACGAGAAAGCGCCUGUGAUGCACAUAGAUGUUCCGUGUCAUGUGAUGGUAUGCCUCUGAAGAGCUCCUGAAUCCCUUCUAUCACACCACAAUGUAAGAUCAAUGGAUUAAAUACAGAACCAAACCCAUUUUUGGUGUUAUAUUUGAAAGCUGUCAAAGCAAGAAAGUUCACUUUCAACUUUUUUCCACCAGACUGGAAAAGAUGAAACAGAGAAAACUUAAUUUUGCAGACAACUUAUUUGCAAGACUCAAGUGAACUGGGCUCAUCUAUCUCAUGGACAGAUAAGCAAAAUAAGAUAAAAAAGGGCCAAAAAAAGGUCCUGUACACAGAGAUAACAAAAGUAAUUAACUUCAGUGAUGAAAAUGAGAGUGAUUACAAAGUUCUUUGUGCAUAUUCAUCUCCUGUUUGGAGUUGCAAGCUCUCUGGUUAUUCAUUCCAUGCCCUGGAGGGUACCAUGUCCUCACCAAUGUGUCUGCCAGAUCAAGCCCUGGUACUCUCCCCAGUCUGUGUACAGAGAGGCUCCUACUGUUGACUGCAAUGAUCUUCUACUUACCCAGCUGCCCACAUCCCUCCCUCCAGAGACACAAACACUCAGGCUGCAGAGCAAUCUCAUCAGUUCCCUGGAUCAGAACGAACUACAAGGUCUUGCUAAUCUGACUGAGUUGGAUCUCUCUCACAACAGUUUCAUCAGUAUUCGUAACCUGAGAAUCACUGACCUGCCAGCUCUUCUCAGCCUACACAUGGAGGAAAACCAGCUGAGGCACCUGCCGGAAGCAGCUUUCUCUGGACUGCCUAGCCUUGAGGAGCUAUAUCUCAAUCAUAACAGGCUCAGAAGCAUUGCUCCUGGGGCUUUCAAAGGUUUAGAUAAUCUUUUGAGGCUUCAUCUUAACUCUAACCAUCUUGUGAUAAUUGACAGGCGUUGGUUCCAUGCUUUGCCUCAGCUGGAAGUCCUCAUGAUUGGGGGAAAUCCAGUGGACAUUAUCCAAGAUCUCAACUUCAAACCUCUUGGAUCUUUGCGCAGCCUAGUUCUGGCAGGCAUGGGCUUGCGUGAAAUCUCAGAGAGAGCUCUCGAAGGGCUUCUGAACUUGGAGAGCAUCAGCUUCUAUGAUAACCAUCUGACCAAAGUCCCAAAAGAGGCACUGCAGAAACUGCCAGGCCUGAAAUUUCUGGAUCUAAACAAGAACCCAAUUCAGCUGGUGCAAAGAGGGGACUUUAGGGACAUGCUUCACCUGAAGGAGCUUGGUUUGAACAACAUGGAGGAGUUAGUCUCCAUUGAGCACUCAGCAAUGGAAAACCUGCCUGAGCUCACCAAGCUUGAAAUUACAAACAAUCCACGACUGUCAUACAUCCAUCCUCAGGCUUUCCAGAAACUGCCGAGCAUGGAGAGUCUCAUGCUCAACAGUAAUGCCUUGAGUGCCCUGCACCGGCAGACUGUGCGGUCUCUGCCAAGCUUACAGGAGAUCAGUCUGCACACCAAUCCCAUUCGCUGUGACUGCCUAAUUCGCUGGGUGGGUGCAGAGGAUGACAAACCAGUUCGUUUCAUUGAGCCUCAGUCCACAUUCUGCUCUGAACCCCCUGAGUUAAAAGCCAGGAGAGUGAAAGAAGUUUCCUUCAGAGAAAUGGCAGAUAGCUGCCUGCCUUUGAUAGCCCCAAGCACAUUCCCAUCCUACAUCCAAGUCAAACAUGGGGAUAACAUAGCCCUUCAUUGCCGAGCCCUGGCAGAGCCAGAACCAAAUAUCUACUGGGUCAUUCCAAAAGGUUUAAGGUUAACUCCUUCCACCAGCUUUGGACAUUACCAGGUUUUAACAGAGGGUACUCUGGAGAUCUUCGGAGUUACCCCUGAGGAGGCUGGUUUCUACACUUGUGUGGCACAGAAUCUGGUUGGGGCUGACACAAGGAGCUUGACAUUAAAGGUGGAAGGAGCAAGCAGGGCUCACAUGACAAGUGCUCAAAGAAGUAAGGAUAGUCUUGAGGUACGAGAUAUCAAAGAACACUAUGCUGUACUGUCUUGGCAAUCUGGCCACAACGUUCCUUCUGCCCGACUCUCUUGGAUAGCUAAUGGCAGCUUGGAAGAUCACCAUAGGCAUAGUACCCGAAUACUGGCUGGCACUAGGGGUUUCAACCUAACUCGUCUCCAACCAGGAACCCACUACAAGAUUUGUCUGCAUAUGGGGCCAAAUGACACCUCCUGUGUCCAUCUCAGGACUAAAGAGGUGCCCGUGGUAGCUCCUUCUCCAGACUUAACCCCGGCAGUCCUACUGGCCAUGUCAGCUCUUCUACUUCUGCUAGCAGCCAGAGCUUGUCAAGGGGGAGCAACGCUCAACUGGAAAGAGCAGACACCAGAGUUUGAAAAACCCCAUACCACCAUUUUGACCCAGGAGGCAAAGGCUUUUAUGGCUCCAGCAGUGUCUCUGAAAGAACCACUUCAGGAGUACAGAGAUAAACUCUCAUCAGAGGGCAGUGGAAAGGAGAUCAGUGAUGCUCAGCCAGGGCAUGAUGCUCAGGGGCCAACAAAAGAGGCAUGUUGAGUUCAAGAGUGCGAAGAGGAUGUGCCACAGAAACCGUGCAAGCUUUGUAAAGCUACUCACAGUACAGCUCUCAGACAGUCUAAACUAACAGUCUCCUGAAACAAAAAUAGAACUUUACUUGCCAGAUCUGCAUUACAAAGAGAGUGUUCCCAAUUACAAGUACAGUGAUGUAAUAAAAGAGAUCUCAUUUGUGUUUAUUUUAUAAUGGAAAACAUACAACACAUGUAUAAUGAAAGCAUUUGUUCAUGUAUUCACAUACAGAAACACAGAGAAAACUGAGGUUGAUGCGGGUUACAGGAGAGCUCUCGAUUAUUAAUUCUGUUUGUAAGCAACUUCUGAACUUCACAAGUCUGCUAUCACCACAGACCUGAGGGUUUCAACAUGAUAUGAAGCACUCAUAUAUUUUUCAUACUGAUGAAGAGACUGAUUUGACAUGUGGGUAAUGGAAUUAAUCGAAAGACAUUCCAAGGCUCUCAACUUUAGCCAAAAGGAGAGGAAACUGUUGUCCAAUAGAAUGUUCUCCUGAUGUGAGUAGUUGAGUUCUGUCAUUUUUCUAUUUUUAAAAAUAUGAUACAGGCCUAUUUAAUAACAAAGAUCAUGUUUAAGAACAGGCACUGAAAGGACGCAUAAAAGAAAAGGAAAUUUUUGUUUUUUUUAAUAUGUUGCAUAACCAUACAUUCAAUAUCUUUAUUUGCUAAUAUGAGCUAAACUGAGUGCAGUACAGAAAGGCCCCGCUCUGUCGAGAGAUAUACUAAUCUCAGAAAUGUUCAUAUCCAGUGGAGACAGGCUGAAGUGAUCUCUUGUUAAAGAUGGACACAUCUUUUACAUCUGAGAGGGGCCUCCCCCACAUACCUCUGGGCUAAUUGGGGCUCUGCGCUGUUGCGUCCCCUCCAAAAAAUGCCAAAAGCUCUGACAAUGGCUGAUUAGCAACAGACAUUCAGCCAUGACCCACUGUGUGUGUACCAGUGUCUCUGUUCAACCUGACAUGGAAGGAAAAAGAGACUGUGGAAGACAGAUGCAACAGGAACAUUUCAGGAUUCAAGCAAUGCAGGCCAACAUGUGAACAGUGAAUCAAGACGUCAUUUUUCACAUAUCAUCAUCUUUGUUAAAAAAAAAAGCAGAAAAAGAACAAAAAGAAUAUGUCAGUUAUCUUUCUCUCUCAAAAGUGAUGGAAAGAACGGACGUUAGACCUGUCACUCUGCUAAUGGGGACACAUCCGAAGAUAGUGCAGACUCCUCUUUGUGCAAAUGGAUAAGAUUGAAUACAAAACAAUAUCUUUUCCUCAAUAGCUUGUCAGGUGUCUUUAUUCAGCGAAGAGCUCUGCGCUCAACCGUCUAGAAGACCCAGCAUCAUUGAAUGACAUACGUAUGCUGAAGAGGGGUUAACCAGGCGAAAAGGGAGUCCUUCGUUUUUUUAACUGAAACAAGGGAACUGUGAGCAGCACUAUGGAUUAUGAGCUCUGCUCCUAUCACUUCUCAAAUGUGGGGAACCCCUUUUUCUACAGUACAUCAUUUAUGGUAAUCCUGCUUUGUUUGAGUUUUUGUCAGUUUGUGGUUGAUGUGCCCCCUCGUUUCAGUAAUCCUCGCUCUAACUAAAUGCAGCCCUCUUUAUUUUCCAUUUGAUAUCAUUUGUUUGUUGGCUACUGUUUAUUUUCCAUCACCUCAAAAGCUGUAUAUACAGUAAAUCACCCUGAAUUUCCUAUUCAGUGUUCCUCUUCCCUUUCAGAAAUAAUUUAGAUGACUGUGUUAAAUUCUAUUUUGAGGUAUUAUUAAACCAUUUUGGACUGAUAAA